GAAAGAAGUUCUGGGUUCCCUUGGAAGAAGCCAAUCCAAAUGACAAGCAUGCUUUGCCUAAGACGUUUUUAUCCAAUUCCAACAAGAUGUUUUAACUGUCGAACUUGGAGCAGCGACACUUUGUUGAACCAACUAAAUAACUUUACAAAUGAACACCAAGUGUUCAGUCUUGUGUCAAAGAACAGAGCCAGACUCUCUGAAAAACAUGUGAGAAGUGCAAUUAAGAAACUUGUGCAAGUUCAAAAGAAAAGGCCUAGGCCCUCAGAAACUAUGGAUUAUAUAAGAAGUCAUUCUCAGUUUUUUGUACUUCGCAUCUUGGCAGAAAAUAAGAUUGAAUGUAUGGAUAAUGAAUCAUUAGUGGAUGUAUUAUACAGUAUGCUCUGGUUUGAAGUUGACGCCCAUGACUCACUUGUAGAAGAGUUGGUUGUAGAAGGCUGGAAUCGAUUAAAUGAGCAAUUUGUCCAAAUUGAGUGCGUGAACAAGGACAGCCAGCAAAAGUUUCCCUGGAAAGUUCAGCGGGAGGAAGAAACAAAGAAGGAACCAGCUGCUCAUUCUGAGGGAACCCUGUGCUCAGCUGUGAGGAGUAAAAAGCUGAGGUCCUCAAUAGCUACAGAUUGUGAAGGAUAUGCCCUGAUGGUUGUUGGUUGUCAAUUACUGACUCCACCUCUGCUAUCUAAAUUUGCACUGUGUGUACAGGAACAACAUCUGCAUCAUAGUCCACUCAUGGGUGAAAUAGCUCAUUUGGUAGAUAAGAAAUUGGAUUCCAUACAGGAUUCAAGGGCUUUGUCAGUUGUAAUGAACUGCAUAUCUUCUGUUACCUCGUGGAAUUUAAAAAAGCGGUUAAUAGAAAAAGCAGAAGACUUGUUUGAAAUAACAAACCUCUCAGUGAAUGAUGCCAGGCGAUUUAUACAGUUUCUCCGGAAUAUCAGUUUCCUGCACUGGCCGCUGGUAAAAAAAUGUAACAAUAUUUUUGUCCAGCAUUCACAUGAGUUACGUGUUGAGGAUUUCUCUAUCGUUCUUGGACUCUACCAGAAUUUACAAUUCAACAACACUGAAUUUAGAUUACUUGCCAAAGAAAAGCUGAUAGAACUUAAGGAUCAUUGCAACAGUCUGUUGAAUGUCAUGCAACUGUUCAUUCAUCUUGCACCCAUGGUACAUCAAGAGAUGCAAAAAGAGUUAAGUGAAAAGCUUCUACUAAUCGUAGAUGAUUUGGAUCGGUACCAAACGUUACUUGUGGCAGAAAAAAUGCAAGAAGUACAAUACAGAAAUCCACUACUGAUUGAAAAGUAAUCCUC